GGGAGGGGAGAGAAGAAAGCGAGCGGUUAAGGGGGCGGUUACCACCCCUACCGGACUCGCCCGGCACAUUGCCGGGCCCGAGUGUGGAGCCGGGAAGGAAGGAGCCGCGACCUAGCUGCGCAAAGAAAUGAUUAUUUCCCUUUGAUCACUUCUUCCAGUGUCAUCCUCCUCCCUCCUCCGUUUCAUGCAUCUAUAGUGUUCUCUUUCCCAGGAUGCUCCAGGAUGAAACGUCAUAGAACAGUCAGCAGCAGUGACAGUUCAGACGAGAGUCCUUCCACUUCCUUUACUUCUGGCUCAAUGUAUAGGAGCAAGUCAAGAAUUCCAAAUGAACACAAGAAGCCUGCUGAGGUAUUCCGGAAGGACCUCAUCAGUGCCAUGAAACUUCCAGAUUCUCAUCACAUUAAUCCUGACAGCUAUUACCUCUUUGCGGAUACAUGGAAGGAAGAAUGGGAAAAGGGAGUCCAGGUACCAGCCAGUCCAGACACUAUUCCACAGCCUUCCCUCAGGAUUGUAGCCGAGAAGGUAAAGGAGGUUCUGUAUAUGCGGCCCCGGAAGUACAUCCACUGCUCCAGCUCGGAAACCACAGAACCUGGCUACAUCAACAUCAUGGAGUUGGCAGCAUCUGUGUGUCGCUAUGACCUAGACGACAUGGACAUCUUCUGGCUCCAGGAACUCAAUGAAGAUCUCGCAGAAAUGGGUUAUGGGCCAGUUGAUGAGAAUCUUAUGGAAAAGACAGUAGAAGUCCUGGAACGCCAUUGCCAUGAAAAUAUGAACCAUGCUAUUGAGACAGAGGAAGGGCUAGGCAUAGAGUAUGAUGAAGAUGUGAUCUGUGAUGUGUGCCGGUCUCCAGACAGUGAAGAAGGGAAUGAUAUGGUGUUCUGUGAUAAGUGUAACGUCUGUGUGCAUCAGGCCUGCUACGGCAUCCUCAAGGUCCCAGAAGGCAGCUGGCUGUGUCGUUCCUGUGUCCUGGGCAUUCAUCCGCAAUGUCUGUUAUGUCCAAAGAGAGGGGGGGCCAUGAAAACUACCAGGACAGGGACUAAAUGGGCUCACGUCAGCUGUGCCCUGUGGAUUCCAGAGGUCAGCAUUGCUUGUCCUGAGAGGAUGGAACCAAUCACAAAGGUCUCCCACAUCCCACCCAGUCGAUGGGCCUUAGUCUGCAACCUGUGCAAGUUGAAGACAGGGGCUUGUAUUCAGUGCUCUGUGAAAAGCUGCAUCACUGCCUUCCACGUCACCUGCGCCUUUGAGCACAACCUGGAGAUGAAGACCAUCCUAGACGAGGGGGACGAAGUGAAGUUCAAGUCAUACUGCCUCAAGCACAGCCAAAAUAGGCAGAAACUCGGGGAGGCCGAGUACCCCCUACACAGGGCUGCAGAGCAGAGCCAGGCCAAAAGUGAGAAAACCAGCCUGCGGGCACAGAAGCUUCGGGAGCUGGAGGAGGAGUUCUAUUCCCUGGUCCGUGUGGAAGAUGUGGCCGCAGAGCUGGGGCUGCCCACACUGGCCGUGGACUUUAUCUAUAACUACUGGAAACUGAAGCGGAAAAGUAACUUCAAUAAGCCGUUAUUUCCUCCGAAGCAGGAGGAGGAAAACGGCCUGGUGCAGCCAAAAGAGGAGAGUAUUCACACUCGCAUGAGAAUGUUUAUGCAUCUACGGCAAGACCUAGAGAGGGUCCGAAAUCUGUGCUACAUGAUAAGCAGGCGAGAGAAGCUGAAACUAUCACAGAACAAAAUACAGGAACAGAUCUUCGGUUUGCAAGUCCAGCUUAUUAACCAGGAAAUUGCUGCAGGACUUCCUUCGACAAAUGCACUAGAAAACUCACUGUUUUACCCACCACCAAGAAUUACCUUAAAGCUCAAAAUGCCCAAAUCCGCUCCAGAAGACUGCCGAGACAGCCCCACAGAGCCUGAGCCCGGACCCCUGUCCUCUGCUAGCAGCACCCCUGUUCACAGCAUAAGGAGCGCGCAGGUGCCUCAGGAGUCACUAGAAAUGAGAACGAGACCGUACCUGCGACACCCACUAGAGAGCAAAAAUAACCGUUUGCUGGCCAGUCUCGGCCACUCUAGGAGCGAAGCGAAGGAUCCCAGUCCUGCUUGGAGUGCUCCAUCUCCGGAGUUCUAUCACGGGCAGUCGCUGGGGAAGCCUCUGGUCCUUCAGGCUGCCCUGCAUGGACAGUCUUCCAUGGGGAACGGGAAAAGUCAGCCUACCUCCAAGCUUGCCAAAUCCAACGGCCUGGAGGGCAGCUGGUCUGGAGAUGUCACCCAAAAAGACAGCUCGGGUGCGAUGUUCUGUGACCAGGAGUCCAUGCUCAGCUCCCACUUGGCCAGUCAGGGCACCUUUAGGAAAUCUACCGUGGAACACUUUAGCAGGUCCUUCAAGGAGGCCACCAGCAGGUGGGUGAGGACCGCAGAGGACCUCCAGUGCUGUGCAAAGCCAACCAAGAAUAUUAACCCCAAGGAGCAGCUCUGGGGCAAGCAGCUUGUCAAGCGGUCUGCAGGGAGAGCUCCCUAUCAGGAAAACGAUGGGUAUUGCCCAGAUUUGGAGCUGAGUGAUUCAGAGGCAGAAAGUGAUGGGAAUAAAGAGAAAGUCAGGGUAAGGAGAGUUAGCUCAGACAGGGAAAAUCCUCCCCAUGACUCUCGACGGGAUUGCCACGGCAAAAGCAAGACACAUCCCCUUUCCCACAGCUCGAUGCAGAGGUGAUCAGCAACCUCCAAGAAUACGUUAAUCUUUGCCUUUGCCCCAUACAUUGAGGGACACCUCCACACCAAAAGGAUUCUAGCAUAUGUUAGGAGGAAUUGUAGUGAAAAGAAUAAAACGUUUCCACAGGAAAUUGGCUUGCAGCUUUUGAAACACUUUCAAGUCUAGUUUUCACAAGCACAUUAUAAGAAUUGCAGAUUAUCCGGAAGUUUUCCUUCCAGAGGCUGUCGAGAACGGCUGGGCCUAGAGUACUUGCUCAGUAAAUACUUGGGGACAGCUCUCCAGUCACAUCAACACAUUGACGCACAUACGUAUUAAGAGUCCUUGCGUCCUUCAUGGAUUUGCAAGAGACCAUGAUUAUCAGACACUAAAACUACUUAUCUUUUGAAGCUACAGCGUGUGACUCCCAGAGCCCCUGUCUGUAGGCAGUUUCUAACUCCACUGGUACCUGGAAACCCGCUUCGGGGAGAGACCGGGAACCAACAUCUCAGAUACUGUCAGACUCACUACCCUCUUCCUUUGCUCUGCACAAGGUUGAGCUCUUUUCGCAGUACCUUACCAAGUCAAUACUCCUAAUGCUUCUGAGUGUCCAGUGCCUGUUCCUAGACUUGCUUGUUGGGGACGCACUUGUAACUACUUCACCCGUCUAACAAGCAUAAAAGGCUAACUUGUGGAUAGUGUUUACAAAGGUACAAAAAAAGUACUACUUCCAAGGAAAAUGCUCUGAUUCUUGCAACUUAGGCAUUUGUGAAGGAUCCCAGAGCCUUUCCCAAAGUGAGACCAAUUCUGGGGGAUUUGUACCAGGUCAGGGUUUUUGUGUUAUUGUUUUCAAAUCAGUUUGACUUAAAUAAGUUUGGCUGACAGUUUUUGUAUACCUGCUUUAAUGUUUAUAAAAUUUUUAUUGAGGUAUAAUUAAAAUAUAGUAAAAUGCACAGAGGUUAAGUAUUCUUACCUGCUUUAAUUUUGAAACAGAUUUUUAUUGUCAAACAGAAUUUGAAAGCAUGUGUUUAACACAUGGAUAUAAUUUAGCUUUGUACCAACUUUGAAUCCGAGGCAGUUUCCCAAACAAAAAGGCUGGAGCCAUUUUUCAGAAGUUGCUUACACCCUGUUCCCAAACUAUCAGCCUUGAUUGAUUUCUGGGAGGAAGAGAAUAAUUACAUGUUGCGGGGGCGGGGGGGGGGGGAUAAAACAUGUCUGCUUCCCAUUUAAAGAAGGGGGAAAUGUUACAGUUUUUAAAAUGUGAAGCCGACUAUAGUUCUCUGCUCUCUUUUCUUCUUAGCCUUAAAUUAAUAUUCUCUUUCUUCUAGUUUGGGAAAGUGUAGUGGGAGUUUUCAGACAAAAGAGGCCAUUUUUAGAUUUUUAACGUUACUUGCUGGUGAACCAACAGCCCCGCUGCGGUAGGCGCCGGGCAGCCUGGGGCUCCUCCGCUCUCCGCCCUCCGCCAACAUGGGAAACACAGCCCUGCUCCUCUCCCCGCUUCUGUUCCUGCAGCCUUGUUCGUGGGUUCCGUGGCUUUUGCUUUGUUCCUCCUUUUUGGAAAACUUCUCUGCAUUUUGCCUCCCCUUUGGCCACACCUUGACAAUGUUUCUUCUAUGCCUGUGUACGUGUGUGAACACGCCAUAGCAUGUGUGGUAGGCAUCCCGUGUUCUGUUCCGAUGGAAACAGCGAUGAAUUCUCCAAAUGAGGGAGACCGUUUCCCGUCUGUAUGCGCUAGGUUCCUGUGCUUUUUCCCUGAGUUCUGCUGGGGUGGAUAUGAAUUUGACACCUUCCUGGGAAUUAAAUUACAAUGGAGCUGUGUUCUAAACUCCUUCUGUUCAAGGCCAGUACCACAGCCUGUGUCCUUUCAUGCCUUUUGGUUCUGAGUGAGUGCGAGGAAAAGCAAACAUUGAAAAAGUGCUUCAGCCAAAUUCCAUAUGUAAUGCCAUUGGGAGAGGAUUGACUAAAAUCAUUUCAGUCAGGGAAAUAUAGUUGUAAUAUUUUUACAGGAUUUUCCUAAGUAAAUGAAGGAGCCUUCAGUUGUGUAAAUUUCAAUUGCCCCAAAAUGUAUUUGCUACAUUUUGCUGUUGUUUGAAGUAUUACCUCUUAACCUUCUUUUGUUAAUUUUUUUUCAUUUUGUCUUAUAUAGUCCAGUUUUCCAAGAUAAACUCAGUCUUUUUUCAAAUGUCACCUUUUUACCAAUACUUUUUCAUUAAAUUAUGAAAAC